AUGGAUCGUAAUUCCCAAACUGUGUCUUCCUUGUCAUGUGCCGCACUAACUCAAACUCCAUGGCUCAUGCUUCCCAGUGACCAGGAAGACGAUAGUGAUGAUGCUCGCUGCUUCUUCAGCCUCGCAGAGAAUAAGACUUACAAGAUCGAGAACGUGUUCGACGGGCUUCCUGAUGCUUGGUGCGUGGGCUCUUCCCACGGUUGGAUGGUGGUUUUGGAUCAAAGAGGAAACCCGCGUCUGUUUAAUACCUUCUGUAAGGCUAAAGUCGAACUUCCUGCGUUUCCUCGUAAAAUGAAACCCAACGUUGGCGAAACUUACUUUAUCGAACAGUUGCGGAAGAUUUUCAUCGUCAAGGCUGUCGUGCUGUUCAUGAACCAGUACUCUUGCAGGGUGGUGGUAAUCUAUGGAAUCCAUUCAAGGCUUGCAUUCUGCACGCUCGAAGACAACACUUGGACAGGACUUGGUGACGAAGGUUACCGCGAUAUCAUAUGUUACGAGAAUCAGCUUUGUACACUUGCAGACAACGGUUCGAUUGCAGUAUGGGAUUUCCGUAGUCCUUUUCCCACGAAAAUUAUCAGACCUUCUGCACCAGUUUCCGAAGUUGAUCACUACGAGAACUUUCCACGAAAUAAGUUUUUCACUCAAUCGUACUUGGUGGAAUCAAUGGGAGGUCUUUUACUUGUCGAUCGGAUCGUCGGCUACUUUGUUAAUUCAGAGGGGAUAGCAGUGGAUGAGUACGAUCUUCUUAGCCCUGACGAUACGCACCCUUUGGUUUGUCCAUACCGAACAAAGGUAUUCAACAUCUAUAAGUUAGAUCACAAACAGGAGACAUGGAAGAAAGUGGAAUCUUUAGGUGAUCGAGUGAUAUUUGUGGGUGGGAACUACUCCAUAUCGUUUUCCAUUCAUGAUCUUGAAGGAUGUGAAUCGAAUACUAUUUACUUCUCCGAUGAUAACUGGAAGCAGGUGGAUGUGUUGUGA